UUUUCAUUUUUCCCCACUCCCCGUUUCCCGGGCGCAGACUCCUCCCCUUUUCUUAAGUUGCCCCGAGAGUAACUUGCAGUUUCAGAGAGCGCGUGUGUGCCUCGCUCGCGGGCGUUUGUUCCUCGGCGGUACCUGCGGCGGAAUUCACCUUGUCGUUGCCUGCGGCCCCGGCCACCCGUUACGAAAGCAGAAAAGUUGUGUUCUCUAACACCAAAGAGGUCUGGCUUGCCGGGGGUGAUUCCGAGACACUGAAGUGCAAAGAAGAGACUCUCCCUCUCCUAGAGAAGUAAAAUAUGACUAAAAGCAAUGAAGAAGAGCCCAGGAUGGGGGGCAGGAUGGAGAGGUUCCAGCGAGGAGUUCGUAAGCGUACACUCUUGGCCAAGAGGAAAGUGCAGAACAUCACAAAGGAGGAUGUUAAAAGUUACCUAUUUCGGAAUGCUUUUGUGCUGCUCACUGUCACUGCAGUCAUUGUGGGUACAAUCCUUGGAUUUACCCUCCGACCCUACAAAAUGAGCUACCGGGAAGUCAAGUACUUCUCCUUUCCUGGGGAACUUCUGAUGAGGAUGUUACAGAUGCUGGUGUUACCGCUUAUCAUCUCCAGUCUUGUCACAGGAAUGGCGGCCCUAGAUAGUAAGGCAUCAGGGAAGAUGGGAAUGCGAGCGGUAGUCUAUUACAUGACUACAACCAUCAUUGCUGUGGUGAUUGGCAUAAUCAUUGUCAUCAUCAUCCAUCCCGGGAAGGGCACAAAGGAAAACAUGCACAGAGAAGGCAAAAUUGUUCAAGUGACUGCUGCAGAUGCCUUCCUGGACUUGAUCAGGAAUAUGUUCCCUCCAAAUCUGGUGGAAGCCUGCUUUAAACAGUUUAAAACCAACUAUGAGAAGAGGAGCUUUAAAGUGCCCAUGCAGUCCAAUGAAACGCUCAUGGGCGCCGUGAUAAACAAUGUGUCAGAGGCCAUGGAGACUCUUACAAGGAUCACAGAGGAGUUGGUCCCAGUUCCAGGGUCUGUGAAUGGGGUCAAUGCCCUGGGACUAGUUGUCUUCUCCAUGUGCUUUGGAUUUGUGAUUGGCAACAUGAAAGAGCAGGGGCAAGCCCUGAGAGAGUUCUUUGAUUCUCUUAACGAAGCCAUCAUGAGAUUGGUAGCGGUAAUAAUGUGGUACGCCCCUCUGGGCAUCCUCUUCCUGAUUGCAGGGAAAAUUGUUGAGAUGGAAGACAUGGGAGUGAUUGGGGGGCAGCUUGCCAUGUACACGGUGACCGUCAUCGUUGGCUUGCUCAUUCACGCCGUCAUUGUCUUGCCCCUCCUCUACUUCUUGGUAACGCGGAAGAACCCUUGGGUUUUUAUCGGAGGGUUGCUGCAAGCACUCAUCACAGCUCUUGGAACCUCCUCCAGUUCUGCUACCCUACCCAUCACCUUCAAGUGCUUGGAGGAAAACAAUGGCGUGGACAAACGUGUCACCAGAUUCGUGCUCCCAGUGGGGGCCACCAUUAACAUGGAUGGGACCGCCCUCUACGAGGCUUUGGCUGCCAUUUUCAUUGCUCAAGUUAACAACUUUGAGCUGAACUUUGGACAGAUCAUUACAAUCAGCAUCACAGCCACAGCUGCCAGUAUUGGGGCAGCAGGGAUCCCUCAGGCGGGCCUGGUCACCAUGGUCAUCGUGCUGACGUCUGUGGGCCUGCCCACCGACGACAUCACGCUCAUCAUCGCCGUGGACUGGUUCCUGGACCGCCUCCGCACCACCACCAACGUGCUGGGAGACUCCCUCGGAGCCGGCAUUGUGGAGUACUUGUCGCGACACGAACUGAAGAACCGAGACAUGGAAAUGGGUAAUUCCGUGAUCGAAGAGAAUGAAAUGAAGAAACCGUAUCAGCUGAUUGCCCAGGAAAGCGAAACUGAGAAACACAUUGACAGUGAAACCAAGAUGUAGACUAACACACACAAAAAAUGUUUUCUUGAGCAGCAGGUGAUUUGCAAACCAUUGUAAAAUGUUUCCAUCUGUUACAACUCAUUCUGUCCAGGAAGCCCCUUACCUCCCUUUUCCUGAGUACUCUGAUAGGAUUGGGAAGUAUUCAUCCAAAAGCAAGGGAGGAUUUUGUGAGUCAGAUCAGAUCUUUCAAGUUUAUGUGGCACACAAAACUGUAAAUGUGAUUUUUUAUAAGCUGAAGAGUCAAACAAAUAGUGGGCUAAAACAUGCUUUUAAAUCAACUUUCAAAAGUUAAAAAUCCUUCAGAAUACAAUUCAGUUUUAGUAUCAAAACAACUUGAUAAACUACAAUCGGUUAUCAAUGGGAGAGUAGAAGGGUGUUUUUUUUUUCCCCCUUUCUCUUCUGAUUUGCAUCCUGAUUUUAUUAAUAGCAGGGCAGCAUGAAUACACAGCCAGCACAGCUGUGAGGAGUCACAUAAAGUGAAAUUUCCAUGUGGCCAUGGGCAAGUUACAUCUCAUCUCCAGGCCUCAGUGUUCUCAUCUAUAAAAUGAGUUGAGUUCCCUGGACGCCUUUACGGUCUGUUCUAGCCCAGAAAUUCUGUGACAUCAUGGAAGAGACUGCCCUCUAUUCCCCCUUGGAACAUCCCAUAGCAAGUAUCAUCCCAUGGAGCAUGGGACUUUCAGAAAGGAUACUUAACUGGGAAUGAACCUUUCUAAGUAGGGGAGGGAUGGUUGUAUGGUUUACCAGGUCCUGUGUCCAAAAUGUCAGUUAUGCAAGUCACCAGGCUGGAGGCCAUUCCAGGAGUGGAAUAAUCCAUGAAACUCUGCUCAGUUCUUCCCAACAGGGGAAAUAUUCCCUUCUUUCCUACUCUUCCCAAAUGGAAGGGACUGCUCUGGGAAGGAUGUCUCCCACCACUCCUCAACUGACUAUAGACUUUUAGAAAGUAAAAUGUAAGACUAGCAACUAGGAAGGGUGCCCACAGUCUUACUAUGGAACACUAAAGAGGCGGGUAGGAAAGAAUGGAGCAUGGUUGACAUUAUAGAGAGGAUUUUAAAAUGCCAAGAUUGUAGAUCAUCUUUAAGGAAGAAUUUAAAACGAAGAGACUCUUUUUUUUUUUUUAACCUGAAGUGCUUUUUCUCUUCAGUUCAAAAUCAUCCCCCAAGGAAGUCUGCCUAUCAACAUAAAAGGUCACUUCUCAUAUAUUUUUAAAAGAAGUCAAAUGAAUGAGCUCUCUCUCUAAUAGAGGGUCCGUGAGCUGGGUGGGUGGUCUCUGAUUUGAAAAGGUUUUUGACUAUAAUCAAAAGUUCUCAGAAUGAGAGAAACAAGAUAUCUCUUUGUGUUGGAAUUCCACUUACCAAAUCAUUCAAACCCUUCAGCAGGAGUGGGGCUUGGUUUUAUUUUGUGUCCCUGAGAGAAAUGGUAGAAGAUGAAUCAGUAUAAAGACACUGCCACUGUGGUUCUAAGAAAAAAACCAGAAGGGGCAUCAGUUGCAGGCGAGACAGCUCCCAGGUUUAGAGGAAGUUCAUUUUUUACCUCCUGAGGAGUAUUCAUUCAAAGACCCGGAGUAGAGCUAUCAGACAAUAUCAGCUGUGUUUGAGUUUCCAACCGAAAAUGGUAAAGAGUGGACUUACUUAUGCUAACAGACUGAAAAUCUAGACAUCCACCCUCCAAUAUACAAUUAGAGAUAUUUUUUUCUAUAGAUCGUGAGCAUUAUAUGUGUACAAAAGUUAACGGUAGGCUGUGGUGGAGUAACCAUUUAAUGCCAAGGCUCUAUUUGGGAAAUACACUACAAGAGUUAAUGUCCAUGGCCGGCAUCUCGUGACACCAGUAGAGCAAAAAAUUAAUCGUGUCAAAUUAAUUCUGUUACACAGUGUGAUCUUUUUUUAUACUAACCAUUUCUUAUGGAAAACAAAUCCUCUAGGAUGAUCCUCUUGCCAGCCCAUCACAGGCUCUGCAUCUGCAUGCGCCCAGUGGGGACUGAGAAGCAUUACUUUGUAGAUGUAUUUUCAAUAAAGAAAAAAAUUAGUUUUACAUUAUAA